UUAUUAAACAAUGACUUUUAAUAUAUAUUUACAUUUUUAAAGACAAAAAAAUUGCUUACCUUACCACACCUGUAUGUUUGUGACGUCAUAUGUAGCUAGUGCAUUUUCUCUUGUGUGAAUGGCGUCAUAAUACCAUGUACAACAUAUUGGCACUCCCCUACGAAUAGAAAACUCGGCAAGAAGAAGCAACCGUAAAGGUGGUGAAUGCACACACGCAAAAAUCGCCAACGGUGCGAUAUACACAUUUGAAACAUGAACACAGCGGAGGUCAAUCAAAGCCAAAGCCCACCACAUAUGUGCAAUGAAUCACACGAUGAAGACUAUGUGCUGCAUGUGCAUAUGCCAAACAAGAGCUUCAAGGCGAUUGGCUUCAAUAAGAAUGAAACCGUGUUGCACAUUAUCAAAAAGACGGUGUCAGAGUUCGGCAAAGAUGGUCAGCCACCGCCGAGCACACAACGGUAUGCAUGUCGCAUGUUGAAUGUGAUUACGAAAGAAAUUGUAUGGCUAGCGAGGACCACGUUAAUGGAGAAAGUGAUGUCGCACAUUUUGUCGCCCGGGUGCUCAAAUGUCGAUUGUCCAAACAAUGAUCCAAUCACAUCGGAGAUGGCGGAAAAUAGAGAUGUGCAUCAAGGCAGGCGAUUCAUAACCAAAGGCGUGUGGCGCGUUGAACUGCGCGUUCGCUAUGUGCCACACAGGAUUCAAGAUUUGUUUGACGAGGACAAAACCACUUGUUUCUACUAUUUUGAUCAGCUAAAGGAAGAUUAUAUCCAGGCCAACAUUGCCUCUGUUGAUGUUGAUUUGGCGGUGCAACUUUGCUGCUUAGGCGUGCGUCAUUAUUUCAAAAACAUAACUCUUAAGGCGCCGGAUAAGAAACAGCACAUCGAUUACAUUGAAAAGGAAAUUGGAUUUAAAUAUUUCAUUCCGCAAGCUGUGAUAGUCACAAUAAAGCCAAAGAAUCUGAAGAAAAUGAUACAGGUGGGAUACAAAAGGGUCUACAAUUACAACGACAUUGAGUACUUAACAAAGUUCUAUGAUCUUCUGAAGAGCCUUUCAUUAGCCGACUAUGAACAAUUUUCUGUCACCCUGAGCUCUGCUUGGAAUAUUUCUGGCAUUCUGCAUGUUGGUCCCCAUAUCGGAAUCUCCUACCAGACACAUCCCCAAGCCAGUUUAACAAAUGUCGCACAAUUUAAGGAUGUCGUUGCGAUCAGAACCUGCGCUCUACCAAAGGAAAAACUCGCCAAGGAUAAGUCCACGGAAUUCGAGUCGCAGAACUUGAAUUGCAAUUGUCAAAAAAUCAAAACUCAAAUCAAAAUAUCUGCUUCAAAUAUUGAAGAAGACUUAAUUAUUACAUGCAAUGGAGUAAAUACUGCUGAAAGCAUUGCCGAUCUUAUUGAUGGAUAUUGCCGAUUGCUGACAAAAGAUGUUGAAUUCACGAUUUGGGAACGCGAAUCAAAUACACCAAAUACCGACACAUUAACGAAAUCUUCGAAUUCAUUGCGAGAAGCUCCCAAUACUUCAUCGCCAAAGAAUAAACCAACUUUAACAGAUGAUUAUGCUGAAAUUGGUUUACUGGAAGGCGAAGGAGACUACUCCACGCCCACAGUACGCAACUAUGAGCUGGAUCGUUCGCAAAUUGUGCUUAGCGCGAAAAUAGGCGUGGGCCAAUUUGGAGACGUUUACGUUGGGAGUUAUACGUUUCCAGUAUCAGCCAAAUCGAAAACUAAAGCAAAUGACGGUGCUUUAAGUAAUAGCGACACCAAAUACGAUGUCAUUCAAGUGGCUGUAAAGACAUGUAAAGCAAAUGAGGAUCCCGAAAAGACAGAAAACUUCCUUGCAGAAGCAUAUAUAAUGCAAAAGUUUGACCAUCCACAUAUCAUACGUCUGAUUGGCAUUUGCAGCAUUAUGCCGAUUUGGAUAGUAAUGGAAUUGGCGAAACUUGGUGAACUACGCGCCUACCUAAAAGCGAAUAGUGAUAGACUGAGCCAUGCAACAUUGCUUAAAUAUUGCUACCAAUUGUCAACAGCGCUGAGCUAUUUGGAGUCUAAGAAGUUUGUGCAUCGAGACAUUGCUGCGCGUAAUGUUCUCGUUAGCACUCCCACUUGUGUCAAGUUGGCUGAUUUUGGUCUAUCUCGCUGGGUCUCCGACCAAUCGUAUUAUCACUCAACACCCACAGUUGCGCUACCGAUUAAGUGGAUGUCGCCAGAGUCAAUUAAUUUUCGACGCUUCACAACUGCUAGUGAUGUCUGGAUGUUUGGUGUUUGCAUUUGGGAGAUUCUUAUGCUUGGCGUGAAGCCUUUUCAAGGCGUUAAAAAUAGCGAAGUAAUCACAAAACUGGAAAACGGAGAAAGGCUUCCUCUACCGCCAAAUUGUCCGCCACGGUUAUACUCCCUAAUGUCGCAAUGCUGGGCUUACGAGCCUCUCAAACGACCCAAUUUCAAGCGGAUUAAAGAGACAUUAUAUGAAAUUCUACUGGAAGACAGCAUGAAUGCGUCGGAGACCAUGCGACGGGAACACCGCCGAGUAGCUGGUGCUUCUUGGCUAGGCCCCGAGGACAAUGACAUUCCUCCCUUGAAGCCAUCGAGAACUAUUAGUGACAUUGAUAAUCCAAGCCUGAUGAAUGCCAGCGAGGAAAAAGGCAUUGUACCACAGACAUACAUAAUUGCCCAAAAUCCGGCGGUGCUCGCUCGACUCAUGAUGGAGAACCAAAAACGUGGCAUUAAUCCCGCUGCGUACACUACACCUGCCUCGGUAUUUAACACUUUAGCAGUAGGAUUAGAUGCCAGUAAUUCAAGUCAAUCGCUUAAAACCACUAAACUCCCAGCAGCGGAGCUGCUAAAACUCGAUCCUGUCGCUGAUUCCGAUAAAUUUCCAACUAACAGCAUCUCAUCUCAUAAUCUUAAUCCAUCGUCAUCUGAAACUAGUGUAUUUGACUCAUCCACUUUAAAUGCCAUGCAUAUUAAACCCCAGGUAUUAUUUACCGAUCAUUUAUCGAUGAAGAACAACUUCAUCAUAUGUGCGCCACCUACGGAGAGUGAUUUUCACCUCAAUCAAAUACAAAUGGAUAACAAAUCUGUUAAUCAAAUGACACGUGCUGCAGGUUAUAGUAUUUACGGCAGCCUCGAAAGGCAUCAGCCAACGAUGGAUAAAACAAUGUUGUCCAAGGGUGGCAGCCUGGAGCGUCAUCAGUCACUAACGUCUGCUCAAAAUAUGAAUUAUCACAAGCAAGUUGCACCACACCCAGCAGAUCGUUCGAGGAGUAUGGACCGCAAUAGUCACUUUCAUGCUUAUCGCCAGCAAAUGAAGACAUCCAUUGAAUGUGAAGCCUUGCCCGAAGAGAUCUACGAUUUUGGUGGUGCUGGCCUAAAAACUUGCGUGUCUGUUAAACAAGUGCCGAAUGCCACAAUGCAAUCACUGCUGCAUUCAUCACCAAUUAAUUCAAAUCAAAAAACACAAGAUUACAAUGGUCCGCCAGCUGCUCUACAAGAAGUUGACGAGCUUAAAUGCGAUUGGAAUUCGCAGUGGACACAACAGGCUAAUCUCUCCCAGGAAGGCGCUGCCUGCAUGCCUCUAAAUACUGAUGUUACAAAUCAGAAUAUGCCCAAUCCAAUCGGUGAAAAGUUGCGGCAACAACGCAAGGACAGCAAUAGUGAUGGUGAAUGGCUGCAUCAAGAGGAAAUGCUGAGAAAGCGAUCCAGCUCUAUACCCCCUGGAGCUGUUACGGACAUUUUGGCCAAGCAUCAAACAUUUAAAACAGACUUGACAGCUGGACCAACAAUUCUACCGGACUCGAACUCGCGAACAAAACUCUCGUUGGAUUAUUUGACAGCAGCUGAGGAAACUAAUGGCUCUAGGUCUCGAAAUAGUGAAAUUCCUGAUGCCAUUCGACCCGUAAAUCGUGCCAACGAUGAAGUCUAUUGCGCCACAACUGCCGUAGUCAAAUCAAUAAUGUUGCUUUCGCAAGGUGUGGAAAAGUCGCACAUUGAUGGCUACUUACAUUUGGUUAAAAAUGUUGGUGUCGAACUGAGGAAUCUACUUAAAUCGGUCGAUAAAAUUUCGAUACUGUUUCCAGCGCAAGCUCUGAAAGAAGUGGAGAUGGCGCACAAAGUACUUUCCAAAGACAUGCAUGAAUUAGUCUCGGCAAUGCGACUGGCUCAUCAAUAUAAUGAUACUACCUUGGAUAAUGAAUACAGAAAGAGUAUGUUAUCUGCUGCGCACAUCUUGGCAAUGGAUGCAAAGAAUCUCUUUGAUGUAGUUGACUCAAUUCGAAAUCGAUAUCAACAGAUAUCAAGUAACUCGAAAGAAUCGGGCUCAUCUGUAAACUGUGAACAGCAAUCUGGUCAAUUGAGCUGUGAAGUAGCUGGUCCAUCGUCUUUUUCACUAAUUGGCGAUAUUAGUGGCAAUGUAAAUGACAUCAGUCUAUACGACAAUGAGAGCUUGGCGCACAGCUUCAACGCUCGGCAACUACAAACACAAACGGGAAAUAAAUCUGGCAGCCUACAGAGAGAUAUUGAUAUUAGCUCGGUUGCGACGACGGGCAACGAGCCCCUAAAAAUAAUUGAAGACACGUUAAAUAGCAGCUCAUCCGCUGAGCAUAUGUAUAGUAACACUUCCGCCCUACAUAGCCAUGGAUAAAUUGAAAAAAAAAAUGGAAUAGUUUGACUCUUUUUUUAUAACUUUAUUAAAAGAUAGAAUACUAUAUGCUAACAUUCUGUGUAUAUAACAAGCCAAAAUACAUAUGUACAUAAGUAUGUGCUUUCUUACAAAUGCGCAAUUCAUCCAAAAAAAAAAAGGAAAACAAAAGAAAAACAAAAAACUAAACUCUCAUAUACACACAUUAAAUAUUUUAUGCUUAUGUUCUUUACAUGUGACGAACACUCAACUUCGGCCGGCCGCUGUUAAUGCAUUAUUAAUUCGUCAAAUAGUCAAAAAUACAUUUAAGAGACACUUAUGUAUAUGUAAUUAAAUCAAACAAUUACUAGUAGGAA